AUGGAGAACAGCCAGAGAGAGAAACAGAGACAGGGGUGGGGCUGAGGGAGGAGGAACUGGAGGCAGGAGAGGACAGGCGCGGCCGGCUUGCCUGCAGCCAGUCGGGCGGCUGCGAGGACUCGGAAACGUCGGAGACUCUACCACCGGCAGAGGCGGCAGCCCCGACUCCGGUACAACUGACGCGCCUCCGGAUCCCCGGCGUUUCGCAUUCCCGCCACAGUCCUGCUUGGUGCGGUGGGGCGGCGGCCCAGGCAGCAGGGCGGAGAAGAGCAGGUCUGCACCUCGGUUUCCCCAACCAGGAGUCACCAGGAUGCCCAUUCUGGAAAAAGCCCCCCAUAAGAUGGCAACAACAAGUCCCAGCAGUGAGGAGGAAACUGGGCUGCCCAAACUCCCAGUGCCCCCACUGCAGCAGACCCUAGCCACCUACCUGCGGUGCAUGCAGCACCUGGUGCCUGAAGAGGAGUUCAGGAAGAGCCAGGCCAUCGUGCAGCAAUUUGGGGCCCCUGGCGGCCUUGGGGAGACCCUGCAGCAGAAGCUCCUAGAACGGCAGGAGAAGACAGCCAACUGGGUGUCUGAGUACUGGCUGAAUGACAUGUAUCUCAGGAACCGCCUGGCCCUACCUGUCAACUCAAGCCCAGCUGUGGUCUUUGCCCAACAGCGCUUCCAAGACACCAAUGACCAACUGAGGUUUGCAGCCAACCUCAUUUCUGGUGUGCUCAGCUACAAGGCCCUGCUGGACAGCCACGCCAUCCCUACCGACUAUGCCAAGGGCCAGCUGUCAGGCCAGCCCCUCUGCAUGAAGCAAUACUAUGGGCUCUUCUCCUCCUACCGGCUUCCUGGCCACACCCAGGACACGUUGGUGACUCAGAAGAGCAGCGUCAUGCCUGAGCCGGAGCACGUCAUCGUUGCCUGCUGCAACCAGUUCUUUGUCUUGGAUGUUGUCAUUAAUUUCCGCCGUCUCAGUGAGGGGGAUCUGUUCACUCAGUUGAGAAAAAUAGUCAAAAUGGCUUCCAACGAGGAUGAACGCUUGCCUCCAAUCGGCCUGCUGACGUCAGAAGGGAGGAGCGAGUGGGCUGAGGCCAGGACGGUCCUCGUGAAAGACUCCACCAACCGGGACUCACUGGACAUGAUCGAGCGCUGCAUCUGCCUGGUGUGCCUGGACAUUCCCGGAGGUGUGGAACUCAGCGACACCAACAGGGCACUCCAGCUCCUUCACGGUGGAGGCUGCAGCAGGAACGGGGCGAACCGCUGGUAUGACAAGUCCCUGCAGUUUGUGGUGGGCCGAGACGGCACCUGCGGUGUGGUGUGUGAACACUCUCCGUUUGACGGCAUUGUCCUGGUGCAGUGUGCGGAGCACCUGCUGAAGCACAUGAUGAAGAACAGCAAGAAGCUUGUCCGAGCUGACUCUGUCAGUGAGCUCCCAGCCCCCAGGAGGCUGAGGUGGAAAUGCUCCCCAGAAAUCCAAGGCCUCUUAGCUUCCUCAGCAGAAAAACUUCAACGAAUAGUAAAGAAUCUUGACUUCACUGUUUAUAAGUUUGACAACUAUGGGAAAACAUUCAUUAAAAAGCAGAAAUGCAGCCCCGAUGCCUUCAUUCAGGUGGCCCUCCAGCUGGCCUUCUACAGGCUCCACAGGAGACUGGUGCCCACCUACGAGAGCGCAUCCAUCCGCCGAUUCCAGGAGGGCCGGGUGGAUAACAUUCGUUCAGCAACCCCAGAAGCACUGAGCUUUGCAAAAGCCGUCACUGACCACAAGGCUGACAUACUGGAUUCAGAUAAGCUGCUGCUCCUGAAGGAUGCCAUCCGAGCCCAGACGGAGUACACAGUCAUGGCCAUAACAGGGAUGGCCAUCGACAACCACCUGCUGGGGCUGCGGGAGCUGGCCCGAGACACGUGCAAGGAGCUGCCCGAGAUGUUCACAAACGAAACAUACCUGAUGAGCAACCAGUUUGUCCUCUCCACCAGCCAGGUGCCCACAACCACGGAGAUAUUUUGCUGCUAUGGUCCUGUGGUGCCCAACGGAUAUGGUACCUGCUACAACCCCCAGCCAGAGAGCAUCCUUUUCUGCAUCUCCAGCUUUCGUAGCUGCAAAGAGACUUCUUCUGCCAAGUUUGCAAAAGCUGUGGAAGAAAGCCUCCUUGACCUGAGAGACCUCUGCAGUCUGCCGCAGCUGGGCGAGCCCCUGGCGACAAAAGGAAAGGCAACAAGACCCAGCCGACCUUGACUCCUGCCACCAGCUUUCAUCUCUGCAAAUCCAGCAUUCAGCAGUUGCCAGCCCCUGCUGAGCCCUGCUCCCAGUCCUCACCCCCACUUUCUGUAGCUCCCCUGUCUUCAGGGCCCAACACACAGACCACCCCUGAGGCAUCACACAAAGCUAGAGAGUUAGGAGAAAAGUGUCCCUCAUUAUGCAUGAGAAUUGUCAUUAUUUACCAAGGUGCCCUGGGCACUGGGAAGUAAGACCAUCCUGGCUCAGAGGUGGCCUGGGUGAGGUGAAGUCCACACUGACUUCGCUCCAUGGCCUCAGAAGCUUAAUGUGGGUGUUUGCUUCUCCAGCAGGACCCAGCGUGUCCAGGGGAUGUUUUUGCCCAAUGAAAGAAUGACUCAUCUUACUACAUGCAGUGUACCUAAAUGAAUCAAGAAGGAAGAGGCUAACUCCAGGUCAUUACCUCUUCUCUUCUUGAGAGGAGUAGGGAGCUUUGUUUUCAGAUUUAAAAGGCAAUCUGAUCUUGGCAUUUCGGGUAGCCUGUGCUGAGCCAUAUAGUCAUGUAAGCACCCACUCCUCUACACACACACACACACACACACACACACACACACACACACACACACACACACUCACA